AUGAGAAGAGAAGAUCAGCUUGGUUGGAUCUUUAGAUUUAAAAGCCCUGUAGCUCUCUGCAUUGAAUACGGCUACCACUAUCUUACCAAAUGUCGACUCUUCACCCAUCCUCCAAAGUCCAACUCUGGCGAAUCCGAGAAACAUUCCCUCGAGGCCGAAUCAGCGCCUAUUCCCAUGCACGAUGCCCACCAAGAUAGCCCAUUCCAUGAUGUCGACGGCCCUCCCAUGCUUGCGUGUCAUUCCUGGCCCCCAAUCCCAAUCAACAAGAACGAGGCCACGGCACACCUCGUCGAGUCUUGGGGAAGUAACCUUUCCCCUGUAGAGAAACAGCGGCUGCUCAAAGCAUACGAGGAGUCAUUCGACGAUUAUCGGACCGUCAAAAGGGAAUUGGUGCAGACGUUUUCCAAAGAGCACGACCUGAAGCCUUGA